UCUGAUCCUCGGCCUAACUCCCCACGGCCGCCCUCCGCAUCUCCGGCCCCGCCUCCUGGCCGCUCGGGGGCAGCUGAGCCCCAGACUCCGAGGCAGGGAGGCGGGCCCUGGGCGGGGGCAGGUGUGGAGCGCUCCCCUAAUCUGCGCCUUCCAAGCACCAGCCCGGCUCAGAUCCGUAGGUCGGGGCUCCGGCCCUUCCCUCGGGAGUUCCUUCUCUCCCUAACGCGUUGGAGCCAAGUUUCCUCCACUUUGGAAAGUUUUUUCCACUUUUCUGCCGCCUGAGAAGUCUGGGAGAAAUUAUCCUGUUUUUUGUUUUGUUUUGUUUUAAAUCUAUUUACAAUUUGGACGACCCCAGGAGAACGUAAACUCAUUGAAGAUCUGGACUGGUUUUUCAUUAUUUCUGUAUCCCCCCGGGCACAGAGUGGGCGCAAAAUAAAUGCUCGUGGACUCGCCGGAGCCUAGCCCUGCAGGGGGCGCUUGAAGGCAGUGGCGGCGUGGGGGCCGAGACAGCUGUGUGCCCAGGCUACACCGCCCCUCUCCAGUCCGCGCCUGUCACACUACCCACCCCCACUCCACCCCGGGAGAAGAGCAUCUCCACUCACCCCGGCUGUCUUCGUGCCUUCCUCCCAAGAGCGUCCAUGGAGACCCAGCCAUGUGCCCGACACUGGACUAGGCGCCCGGGGGGACGGCGCAAGGUAGAAGACCCCACCCCUGCUAGGGGGAAUUUUCAAAACCUCCCGGGAAGUGAAGACGGGCUCCUCUGAGAAGAUCUCGUCUGGGGCCCGACACCAAGAAGGGAGACUAAGUGACCUAGGAGACUACAGACUCAGUCCCCCUGCCUCGGCCCCGGCAAUGAAUGGGCCGGCCCUUCAGCCUUCACCCUCCUCGAACCCCCGGGGCUGGAGCGAAUUCUGUGAGCUCCACGCCGUGGCCACCGCCAAGGAGCUGGCCAAGCAGUACUGGCUCUUUGCCAGCGAGCACCCCCACCAUGACCUGCUGGGGGCCGACCACUUCUCGCUGCAGUUCACGGACCUCUUCCAGCAGUAUUUCCGACACGAGGUGAGAGAGGGCUGGGCGAUGCACCAGCUCCGGCUGCGGCCCUUCACCUCCCGGGUCCGGGACUAUCGAGAGACGGGCCGGAGACACACGGAUGGCUCGGCGGCGCCCCCCAAAGCGGAGGCGCCCGCGGACGCCGGCGAGCGGACCCCCGAGGUCGCCGCCCAGCCCCUGCCCAAGGCCCGGAGCUCCGAGGAGCUCACAGGGGGCGCUUCGCCUCUGGCCUCUCCUCGCUCCAUCGCCCAUUACUCUUUUCACCACCUGCGAAGGAGCCUUCGCCAUAUCUUUCGACGCCGUCCUUCGGAAACGCUGACCUCCGGGGAAGGAACAGCCGAGGGUGAGACGGGUGACGCCCCUUCGAAACAUGGCCUGGCCAAGAAAAUCCUGCCCUGGAGCCUGUCCAGGGAGCCGGCUCCUGAGGCUCGAAAGGAGGGAGUCCUCAAGUACGGGCUGGUGGACGAGGCCACCAUGGACAGCGGGGCCCUCCGCCAGCGCGGGCGGCUGGUGUUGAGGAAGGCGGCGAGCCCUGAAGGUGGCGAAGACUACGUCCUGGAGCUCUUCGAUCCCCCCAAGGGUUCCAAGCCCAAGUUCCAGGCGGUUUGCUCUUCCAUUCACGAGAUCCGGAGAUGCACCCGACUAGAAAUGCCUGACAACCUCAACACCUUUGUCCUUAAGGUGAAUAAUUUAACCGACAUCAUCUUUGAGACAGGAGAUGAGCAACAGCUGAAUUCCUGGACCACGGAGAUCAGAGAAUGCAUGAGUCGAGGGCUAGAAGGAGCUGACCCAGAGUCACAUUUCCCCUCACUUCCAGACCCUGGGAUUACAUCCAACUCCCCCAGCGGGAGCACCGACUCCCUUACCCAAGGUGCCUCACCCGGCGGACUCCUUGACCAGGCCUGCCAGAAAACAGAGCACUUCCUGUCCUGCUACCCCUGGUUUCACGGCCCCAUCUCCCGGGUGAAGGCGGCUCAGCUGGUGCAGCUGCAGGGCCCCGCAGGACACGGAGUGUUCCUGGUCCGGCAGAGCGAGACACGGCGGGGAGAGUACGUCCUCACGUUCAACUUCCAGGGCAGAGCCAAGCAUCUGCGCCUUUCGCUGACCGAACGAGGGCACUGCCGGGUGCAGCACCUGCACUUCCCCUCCAUCGUCGACAUGUUGCACCACUUCCAGCGCUCUCCCAUCCCCCUCGAGUGCGGGGCCGCCUGUGACGUCAAGCUCUCCAGCUACGUGGUGGUAGUCUCCCAGGCGCCAGGUUCAACCAGCACGGCUCUGUUCCCUUUCUCUGUCCACCGCUGGAGCUCCGACCUGGGCCUCCCUCACCUGACCGCCUCCGGCUGUCCCCACACACUUCUCCCCGAGGACCUCCCGCCAUCCAGGUCCUCUCCCUCCGAGCAGAUCUUCCACCUGCUGCCUCCCCCCGAGGAACUAGCCAACAGCCUACGGCACAUGGACCAGUCGGCAGACCCCGCCGGCCAAGCCCGGGACUCCGAUUACGAGAUCGAUUCCCCCAGCAGGGGUCACCUGCGGGCUAUAGACAAUCAGUACACGCCUCUCUGAAGGGCGCAGGUGGCCCAACCUCACAGAAGCCACAGGCACUUUGACCUGUAGAGUGGGAGCCUUCUGAAUGUACCUCUUUAUCUUUCUGUGGGUCCUCCCGCCAUCUGUAGGCCGCCCUAUUGUUCUUACUCCACGACUUUCUAAUCUGUUUACACAAGUCAUUGCUGUUGAGUUGCCCAUACCCACAAUGCUCUCAAGUGCUGAAGAAGGGGUCUAGGAGGGUCCGCCCCACACAAUGUCCCCACCACUGUUCAUGGCUGCACCCAGGGAUCCAGAGGCUGGGGCAGAAAACGUACUUUCCUUUUCAGGGACAACUUUCUAGGAAGUGGGUCAGGAAACCCUAAACACUAAUGCCCCAAGAUACAGAUUGAGGAUCCCCCCCCCCCCAUUUCAAUAGAAACUCAUGUCACCAAGAGGAAAAGAUGAGACAACUAUGUCUCCUGCCACAACUUCUACUUGCGCUCUCUGAGUGAAGGGCAAGUUUUUGAGUUCAGUGGAAAUGAAAACAAAAAACAAAAAACAAGUUUUGUAACCUCCGAUAGUCUUAAAGGAAGUUUUAAACCUAAACGGUUGCUUGCUUUUCAUUGCACUGUUUAGACUAAUAAAAAAAAUGCUAUCAUUGCAAAAGUUACUGUGGGUCCAGGCCCAAAUGGGCGUGCUUUGGUCCCCUAAUAAUUCUCGAGAAAAACCACCAUUCCAAAAAUAACAAUGGGGUGCCCUCAGAAACAAACUGCAGAAAGCGAAAUGUGUCAUGUCUUAAGGGAAACAAAAGUUUUGAAUGCCUUGGGAGGACAGUGAUGAAGAAUUCUAUCCUGGUGCCUUAUUUUAAGAACUGGAUUCUGGCUUCUAUUAACUUCUUGCUGGGCAUUAGUGGGAAAGAGGGGAAUCGUGAUUUCCCAGACCCUUCUGAAUGAAAUUCUUCACCUUAGGUGGGGGGGGUUACCCAUAACACUCUUAGCACUGGUAGGUUUUCCAAUGAUUCCAUGAAUGAGUUAUUUUUAUUAUGGGACCUAAAGUGGAAGCUAGGAUUUCAGGGCUAUGGCCAGUAAGACUGUGUAGCGUAUUCAGUGUUUAAUAAACUUCCUGUUCUAUUUGCAAGCCA